AAAAUAGGGGGAGGGAGGGCGAGAAAAAGACUACCUCAACAACCCCUCCCUCAAACCCUUGCAAGUGGGUAGUGGGUUCGGGUGAGAGCUUAAGCGAGCUGGUGAAGCUGUCGCGGGCGGGCAUAACGAAGGCAGCAACAAGGAGGGACUGACGGAGCGGAGGGGAUGCGAAGCUGGGAAUCUUUUACUAACCAGAAGUUAAUUUGGAAAUAUGAAAUAGUAUAAUUAAUAUAGAAAAACUGGUCUUCUAUCUGCUGCAAAGACUUAAGGCUUUCUCUGAAGUGCUAUGUUGUGCCACUGUUAUCCCAUGAGGAAUUUGUCUUCAUGAAGAUUCCUAACAUUGGUAAUGUGAUGAAUAAAUUUGAGAUCCUUGGAGUUGUAGGUGAAGGAGCCUAUGGAGUUGUACUUAAGUGCAGACACAAGGAGACGCAUGAGAUUGUGGCUAUUAAAAAAUUUAAAGACAGUGAAGAAAAUGAAGAGGUCAAAGAAACCACUUUGCGAGAGCUUAAAAUGCUUCGGACUUUGAAACAGGAAAACAUAGUGGAGCUAAAAGAAGCUUUCAGAAGAAGGGGAAAAUUGUAUUUGGUAUUUGAAUAUGUGGAAAAAAACAUGCUGGAAUUGCUAGAAGAAAUGCCAAAUGGAGUUCCACCUGAAAAAGUAAAAAGUUAUAUCUACCAAUUAAUUAAAGCAAUUCAUUGGUGUCAUAAAAAUGACAUUGUUCAUAGAGAUAUCAAGCCAGAAAAUCUCUUAAUAAGUCAUAAUGAUGUUUUGAAAUUGUGUGACUUUGGUUUUGCUCGGAAUUUGUCAGAAGGAAGUAAUGCUAAUUACACAGAAUAUGUGGCCACCAGAUGGUAUCGUUCACCUGAACUCUUACUUGGAGCCCCAUAUGGCAAGUCCGUAGAUAUGUGGUCUGUAGGCUGUAUUCUUGGGGAACUUAGUGAUGGACAACCAUUGUUUCCUGGAGAAAGUGAAAUUGACCAACUUUAUACAAUUCAGAAGGUGCUCGGACCGCUACCUGCAGAGCAGAUGAAGCUUUUCUACAGCAAUCCCCGUUUCCAUGGGCUGCGGUUCCCUGCAGUCAACCAUCCGCAGUCUUUGGAAAGGAGAUAUUUAGGAAUCUUAAGUGGUGUUAUACUUGACCUUAUGAAGAACUUGUUAAAACUGGAUCCAAGUGACAGAUAUUUAACAGAGCAGUGUCUGAACCACCCAUCAUUUCAAACACAGAGGCUCUUAGAUCGUUCACCUUCACGAUCAACUAAAAGAAAACCUUACCAUGGAGACAGUAACACUUUAUCUAACAGAAAUCAAAGUAGCAAAAGUACUGCUGUGCAGUCUCAUCACAGAUCAAACAGCAAAGAUAUACAGAAUGUGGGAGUUGGAGUCCAAAGAGAAGAGGCACUUCCACCAAAUGAAAGCUUUCUAAAUGGAAACCUUCCUGUAACUUCACAUAGUCCUAUGCUGUCAAAAAAGCCAAGCAAUUCUUCUGGAUCUGGCAGCAAAGAUAUAGCUAAUAACAACAUACCACAUCUGCUCAGUCCAAAGGAAGCAAAGACAAAAACUGAAUUUGAUUUCAGUUCAGAAGCCAAAGCGUCUGAUGGUCCAGGUACAAAAUACCUGAAGUCAAAUUCUAGAUCUCAGCAUAACCGCCACUCAUUUAUGGAGAGUUCUCAGAGCAAAACUGGCACACUGCAACCAGGUGAAAGGCAUAGCCGUCACAGCUACAUUGAUACUAUUCCUCAGUCUUCAAAGAGCCCUUCGUAUCGGACAAAAUCAAAAAGUCAUGGGGCUCUGACAGAUUCUAAAUCUGUGGGUAAUCUUUCAGAGGCCAGAAUUCAAGUUGCAGACUCAAACAGCAGUAGGUACUUUCCAUCCAGCUGUUUGGACUUGAACUCUCCAACUACACCAACACCUCCUCGCCAUGCAGACAAUAGAACUUUGCUCAGUCCUUCUGGGAGAAACAACAGAAGUGAUGGUACACUUGAAUCACGAAGACCAUCUACAAGACAUUCCAAAACAAUGGAGGAGUUGAAAUUGCCAGAUCAUAUGGAGGGAAGCCAUUCACAUUCCUUAUCUGCUCCCCAUGAAUCUUUUUCUUAUGGCCUAGGUUACACAAGUCCUUUCUCUUCACAACAGCGCCCUCAUAGACAUUCUAUGUAUGUGAGCCGGGACAGAGUGAGGACAAAGGGCUCAGAGGGUGGCUUAAGCAUAGGGCAAGGGAUGGCAGCCAGAGCAAACAGCCUGCAACUGUUAUCUCCACAGGCGCAGCAUAAGUCACUUACAAGAUCUGUUGGUUCUUCACGUGAAGAUUGUACAGAAGAUCCUAAUAGGGGUGGAACAUACCAUGAUCCGCACACAGAUGAUGGAACAUCCACGAAAGAAAAUAGACUUCUGUAUAAUGAUUCUGUACCAAGGAGAGUUGGUAGCUUUUACAGAGUUCCAUCUCCACGCCCAGAAGGAACAUUCCUAGAUAACAGUGCCUCUAACAGAAUUCCUGCACUACCAGCAGAGAGCAGCAAUAUAACGAGUCACUCAAAGAGACAAACUGCUUUUGAUCCCUGGCAAAGUCCUGAAAAUGCUCAUUCUGAACAACUAAAGGAAAAAGAAAAGCAAGGGUUUUUCAGGGCAAUAAAAAAGAAGAAAAAGAAGUCUCAGUCUACAGAAUCCACCAAGGCGGAGAAUCCAAGCAUCAAGAAAUCUCUCUUUCCUCUUUUUAAUUCAAAGAAUCACUUAAAGCAUAGCUCUUCUUUGAAAAAGAUUCCUGUAGUCACUCUACCCAUGAUGCCGGGAAGUGAUAGUCAGGAUCUUUUGGCAUUACAGAAAGCUAUUCACUCAUCUAAUCAUCCAGCUAGCAGGCAGAAGGAUUGGCAUUCUGACAAAAUGACAGAAAUCCAAAGUCAUAGCCAACCGUUAAAAUCCCUUCGCAAACUAUUACACCUUUCCUCAUCAUCAAAUCAUUCAAUUUCUUCUGAACCCCGAUUCCAGCCUUUACCAAGUCAGCCAGCUAAAGCUUCCUUUUCUGAAGUUCGGAUUCACCCUAUAAAUCAGGGUUCCACCAGCAGCAACAUACGGCAAGAGUCCCAGUCCAAAGGCAGAACAAUGCUCCAGAUCCCAGGCCAGAUGGAACCAAGCUGGCAUGUUUCCCCAGUGAACAGGAGUGCCAGUGAUGGGACUUCAUACCCUGACCAAAUGCCUUCUAAAAGUGGGCAGAAUGGGCAUACGUAUAACCGAACAAACCGAUCUCGAAUGCCAAAUCUGAAUGAUUUAAAAGAGACUGCCUUGUAAUAAUACUCCUAAAAACACUAUGGCAGGGAUUUAUCAAGGGGUAUGAUGGUACUGGUGAUUGUGUUAGUGACUGAAAGACCAGCUUUAUAAAAGAUGUGCAAUAUUGAAUACAUCGAGCUACUGUUCAGUACCACAUCAAUAGAGAUCAUACAGUGAAAUGAACUUUAUUUAAUUGCCAUUCAUCUAAUCCCAUGUCAACAGAAUGUGCACUUCAGGGAAAAUGAACAUUGCCCUUUUCUCUUAAUUUACAUUCCAGCUUAGUGCACAUAACUGUCUGAAAGAUGUGUAGGCACUUUUGGGGGUUAAAAAAUGUGUCUUUAGACCUAUGCCCUUAGGAAAAUUCUUGCUGCCUAGAUUUAAAUUUUUAAAGUGGGGUUUAUGUGAUAACGCCUGUAUCCCUAAUAGGGGUUUAAAGUUCGGUUGUCUUUUAUUUGUUUUUUAAAUUUCCAUAUUUGAUAGGAUUUGUAAUAUUUAUUUAUGAUCUAUUGUUAUAAUCAUAUCUUAUGUUACAACGUAAAGUUAUUUUGAGCCGUUUGAAACAUUGUGAUGGCAGUACAACAGCUACCAUAGUUUCUAUAAAAACAAACAUAUAUUGCAUUAGGAGUAUUUUAUUAUAUACAUACACACACAUAAAUGAAUAUAUAUAUAUAUAUAUAAAAAGUGGUAAAUAAUUGUCUUUUUUAAAAAUAUACUCAUUUAAAAGAAAAGUAUUGUUAUGACACUAUGCCAUAUUUUUAUACAUUUGUGAUAUAAAGUGCAGUAUUAUACUUGUAAUAAAAGGGAACUGAAUGUGAAUAGAAGUGUGACUGUAACAAUAUGAAUUUUGCUCAGCUACUACUAGACACAGUGAAACUGAUAACAAAGAAUACAAAAUUGUCAAACUUUGUUAUAGGCCUUUUCUCUGGAGGUAAUGGCUUAAAUAUAUCAAAUGAUGAAACCGUAAAAUAUUUCCCAUAAAUGGGCGCUUCGCUUUCCCCACUGCUGGUAAUGAGAGAAGAGCAUCUGCAUUAAGAUGGCAGAAUCCUGAUAUUGCUUGCAAUAUUCCGUACAAGAAAACUGACUGGUAAAAAGGAAUUAAAGCAGGUGCUUUUCUACUCCAAUACUUGUGGUGAAGACCAAAGAGCCACAGCAUGAAUUGCAGGUGGUGAGCCAAAAGUGGCAUGACACGGCACUGUAAAUCAUGGUAUAAGAUUUUAGGCCUAUGUAUAUUCUUUGCACUUUGUUUGAAAUUGUACUAACCAGAAAGUAAAAUAUUGUAUUUAAAUGUAUGAGAGGCUGUGGCACUUUCAUUUGUUUCCAGGAUGUAAUACAACUUGUAAUGUUGA